AUGCAGAGAGCGAUUCUGAGUCUUCUCUUCGUGGGGGUAGCCGUUUUGGCUGAUGACACGUCAAAGGCAGCUUUGACUCUCGCCCCACUUAUUAAGAAGUAUCAAGAGUAUAUCUAUGCUGGAAAUUACGAUGAUCUCAAGGAUUUGUAUGAUCCACACGCCGUUCUUGUUGUUGUUGCCAAAAACAAGGCUUUCCUUGGACAUAAAGCAAUCUUUGACGAGAUCAAAGACACGCGCAAGAAAGUCGGCUCGGCCAAGUCCGAAUUCAUCACUGAAUCUUUCACUGGAUCCGCUCCCGUUCUUCAAUACGAGAACACAUGGAAAGUAGUCACUGAUGAAAUCGAGUACUCUGGACCCUACAAGGCAAUCUGGUCACAAAACAAAGACGGUCAAUGGAAAAUCAUCCACGAGGAGUACGCUGAGCACGCUAGAAGACGCAAA